AUGCCUCGCCGUAGUGCUCCGUCCUCAUCAUUGCCGCCGAGGCCAACACCAAUUCCCGCCAAAUUCUGGCGCGCAUGUGCUGGAAUCUCUGCGAAGGCACCAGUAGUGAACUCUAGGGUUUACUACUUUCCACAGGGACACAUCGAUCAAGCUGCUUCGCAACCGCGAAACCUUUCACCUCUGGUUUACUCCAGGCCGGUCAUCCCUUGCCGUGUCGCCGCCGUCAACUACUUCGCAGACCCUAACACCGACGAGGUCUUCCUCAAGAUUCUUCUUCUUCCUGUCACCGAUGGAUCCGCUCAAGAUUUUCUUCCACCUGCCGUCGCCGCCGAAGGCAACAGCGGCAACGGCAAUGGCGACGAUGAAGAGGUUGCGUCGUACGCCAAGAUUCUCACGCGGUCCGAUGCGAAUAAUGGCGGAGGGUUUUCGGUGCCGAGAUCCUGUGCGGACUUGGUCUUCCCGCCGUUGAACUUUGAAGAGGACCCGCCGGUGCAGAACCUUAGAAUAACCGACCUACACGGCGCCGUAUGGGAGUUUCGCCACAUCUACCGCGGGACUCCGAGACGGCACCUCUUCACAUCUGGCUGGAGCAAGUUCGUUAACAGUAAGAAGAUUAUCUCCGGCGAUACUGUGGUUUUCAUGAAGGACUCCGAUGGGAGGAUGUUCGUCGGGCUCCGCCGCAAUAUGUCGCUGGACGACGAUAUCGCAGAUGGUGGAUUGGAUUGGUUUGCAGCUAUGGACGAGAGCGAAGGAGAAAAAGAAGAGGAAGAAAAAGAAGAGGUGAUGACGGAGGGAUUUGCAAGAAACGGGAAGGGGAGAGUGACUUCGACAUCGGUGGCAGAGGCGAUGGAGCUGGCAGCUCAAAACAAGCCGUUCGAAGUUGUUUACUAUCCAAGCGUGGGUUGGGGAGAGUUUGUGGUGAAGGCAGAGGACGUGGACGUGAUGAUUAAUGGUAUUCCUUGGAGAGUUGGGAUGAGAGUGAAAAUGGGCAGAGAGAACUAUGAUUCGUCACGGAUGGAUUGGUUUCAGGGGACUGUUUCUGGUGUUACUGUUCCCGGUAUAGAUCAACCAUGGAGUGGUUCUCCUUGGCGCAUGCUUCAGAUUACAUGGGAUGAAUCCGAAAUCUUGAAGAAUGUAAAUCCUGUCAGUCCAUGGCAGGUGGAACUUCUUUCUGAGACACUUUUACUUCCUCAACUAUUUCCCCCAACAAAGAGGUUCAGAACUAAUGAAAUGGGAGAAUCCUCCUCUUCCAUUACAAGAUUUUCUAUUCCUGAUUCCACAAUGGGAGUGCUGAAUCAAACAUUGUUGAGUAAUUAUGAUACUUUUUUUUCUGCUAGCAUGCAGGGAGUCAGGCAUCCUCUAUUUUCUGCAGCUACUUAUCCCCUCUUUCCGAUUGAUCCUUCUCUGUCUAUUGAUAGUUCCUUUGAGAAUAAUAUUGUACCAAAGUUAAAUGUUAUGUUGCCAAAACUUAACAUUGACACUCAUAAGCCUAAAAACUUAUCACCACAUAGCAAGUCUAGUUUGACUCCCAUUGAUGAGACCCCUAACAGCAACUCAACCAAAUCUGGAGCUACUUCAUUUCAGUUAUUUGGUUGUACUAUUCAAACAGAUCAAGCUUCUCAUAAAAUUGAUGACCAUAACAAUGUUGAAGGAGAAGACAACAUACAAUAA